CAGGAGGCGGGGCACAGGGCCCGAGGCGUGGGCCUGGGCGGCCGCCAGAAGACAACAGGGAGGUGGGCAGCCCCGGGGCGGGCGGAGCUCUCCAGCCGUGCAGGCCCUGGGGCUCCGGCCGCUCACUGGUGAAGUCCAGGAGUGGCUGAAAUCCAAGCUGGGGUAACAAAAGGCAGCCGCUGUCCCUAAGCCGGCACAGCUCUGAUCCGCCCUCCCACCCGCCCUCCACUGCCCGCGGGCCACGUAAGAACGGCCCCGGGGGCCCCGCAGCCGCUGGUCAGAGGGCAGCGGGUCCAUGCAUGACGCCGGCCAGGCCUCCGGGGGACCUCGGGGGCCGUGAGCACGCAGAGAGAGCUUCCCGGGCCCCUGGGGGGCGGGGGGCGGGGGGGCGCCGAGGGCCAGCCCCGAAGAUGCCCACCAACGGCCUGCACCAGGUGCUGAAGAUCCAGUUUGGCCUGGUCAACGACACCGACCGCUACCUGACAGCCGAGAGCUUCGGCUUCAAGGUCAACGCCUCGGCACCCAGCCUCAAGCGGAAGCAGAUGUGGGUGCUGGAGCCGGACCCGGGGCAGGGCCCGGCCGUGCUGUUCCGCAGCAGCCACCUGGGCCGCUACCUGUCAGCCGAGGAGGAUGGGCGCGUGGCCUGCGAGGCGGAGCGGCCGGGUCGUGACUGCCGCUUCCUGGUCCUGCCGCAGCCCGACGGGCGCUGGGUGCUGCGGUCGGAGCCCCACGGCCGCUUCUUCGGUGGCACCGAGGACCGGCUGUCCUGCUUCGCCACGGCCAUCUCCCCGGCCGAGCUGUGGACCGUACACCUGGCCAUCCACCCGCAGGCCCACCUGCUGAGUGUCAGCCGCAGGCGCUACGCGCACCUGUGCCCGCAGGAGGACGAGAUGGUGGCGGACAGCGACACGCCGUGGGGCGUGGGCGCGCUCAUCACCCUCAUCUUCCAGAACCGGCAGUACUGCCUCAGGUCCUGUGACAGCCGCUACCUGCGCAGCGACGGCCGCCUCGUGUGGGAGCCCGAGCCCCGAGCCCGCUACACGCUGGAGUUCAAGGCCGGCAAGCUGGCCUUCAAGGACUGUGAUGGCCGCUACCUGGCGCCCGUGGGCCCCACUGCCACGCUCAGGGCGGGUCGCAACACGAGGCCCGGCAAGGACGAGCUCUUCGACCUGGAGGAGAGUCACCCGCAGGUGGUGCUGGUGGCCGCCAACCACCGCUACGUGUCCGUGCGGCAAGGGCUCAACGUCUCAGCCAACCAAGACGAGGAACUGCAUCAUGAGACCUUCCUGAUGCAAAUUGACCAGGAGACAAAGAAGUGUACCUUCUAUUCCAGCACGGGGGGCUACUGGACCCUGGUCACCCAUGGGGGCAUCCAGGCCACGGCCACACAAGUUUCGGCCAGCACCAUGUUUGAGGUGGAGUGGCGCGGCCGGCGGGUGGCACUCAAGGCUAGCAAUGGGCGCUACGUGUGCAUGAAGAAGAAUGGGCAGCUGGCGGCCACCAGCGAUUUUGUGGGUGAGGACGGCGAGUUCAUUCUCAAGCUCAUCAACCGCCCCAUCCUCGUGCUGCGGGGCCUGGACGGCUUCGUCUGCCACCGUCGUGGCUCCAACCAGCUGGACACCAACCGCUCGGUCUACGACGUCUUCCGCCUGAGCUUCAGCGACGGCGCCUACCACAUCCGAGGUGCGGAUCCGGACGGGAGUCGGGGGCGGGGGGGGGGGGGGGGCGCGGGCCGGGGACGCGGCGAUCGGGAAGGGCCCGGGAGGACCCCCGCCGACCGCGUCCCCCGCCCCCAGGCCGUGGCGGCGGCUUCUGGUACACCGGCAGCCACGGCAGCGUGUGCAGCGACGGCGAGCGCGCCGAGGACUUCCUCUUCGAGUUCCGCGAGCGCGGCCGCCUGGCCAUCCGCGCCCGGAGCGGCAAGUACCUGCGCGGCGGCGCCUCGGGGCUGCUGCGCGCGGACGCGGACGCUCCCGCCGGGGUCGCGCUCUGGGAGUACUGAGCGGGUGGCCGGCCUGUCCCCCAUUAAACCGUGUCUGUGUCGCAGCGGCCGGCGGGCUCCGUGGCGCCACCGGGCGGGGAGGGGUGUACGCGGAGGGUCUGCACCUCGGCCCCGGGGGUCGUUGGGCCUCCCCAUCCCUCAGCGCCGGAGACCCAGGGCUGGGGAGCUGGGCCGGGAGGAGGGUCCAGCUGGCCGGCACACCACCCCUCCCGUCCAGGGACAGCCCGGACCUUCUCUGGCUCCACCUUGGUUUCCCCCCAACCCCCACCAGCUGCUGUCACGUGUUGGCCACACAGCUGCUCCCCAACACCCAGGGAGAAGAGCCCCCCUUCGACCUGGCGGGACGGGGUGGGGGUGGGCUGCCUGGUCCGAGACCCUGCGUGUUGCAGCUUGCAGGGGCUUCGGGGUGAGGUGUCUGCUCACACUUUUCUCCCCAGGGGCAGGGUUUUAGAAAGCCCUGGAAGCAAAAGCGACCCCACCCAUCCCAAGCAGGGCUGUGUCUGGCUAACCCUGGGGAGAGAGCCCCUCUCAGCCCCUGCACCCACUUGUUGCUACCAGGCCAGGAAGGGGGCUCCAGGCCUCCUAUCCCCAGGGCGCCCCCCUACUCACAGACCCUGAGCCUGGGCACCUGCAGGCUGGGCUCCCUGUGGCCAGGCUGGAUACCAGGACAAAGUCUGUGGUUCACCAGCCAGCACCCAGAGCCCCCAGCCCUCCAGGACCCCCACCCAGGCCAAUUCCCCUUGGAUGGGCUGGGUGACCUAGGCCAUGAGGUGAGAGCCUAGGGAGAG